CGUGGUGUCGGCCGGUGCUCUGGUGAGGUGACAGUCUGGACCCGCUCGAGGCACGGGUACACGUGGACUCUGCGACGGAGACGAGGCAAAAGACGAUUGCAAAAAUGAAUCACCUUGUAUUGAAACACAUCUCAUUAGGACAAAUAGAGGACACACACUGGAGAUAAUGCUCGUGCCCAGAAGGAAAGGGAAAAAAGACACAGACCAGACUCUCCAUUUGUCUAGAAAAUAGUCAGUGAUGUAUGCAUCCGCUUUGCCGUAGCUGUUGUGUUUCUCGCCCUGGAUCCACCGCUCCCAAAAUGUAAACAAACGACGGCCAUUUCUCCCUCUGUAGGUGUUCCCGGGGAAGCAAAUGUCCCGAUUGACCGUAAAGAUUCCCUAGAUGUCGGCUGGCAGCCACGCACGGGAACCUGUCAGAACAAACGUAGUGCACGAGCCGCGGACACAGUUUAUUCGGCCAUAAUGAGGCGGCGGAACACACAGUGGAUCACCAUGAGGGCCGCUGAACACGCAAGAUCACACGCUCCUAAACUACCUCAUCCUACCUCCCACGGCGGCCUGACCCCCGCGCCCCGUGGUGUUGGGGUCCUCGUGGUCGGGGUCCUGCUGCUGGGGGUCCUGCUGGACACUGUUGGUGGCCUCGGAGUCAGCUGGGACUGGGGGAAGUGGUGGACCUACGACGGCAUCUCAGGACCUCAGUUCUGGGGCCUCAUCAACCCGGAAUGGUCGCUUUGUACCCACGGACGCAGGCAGUCUCCCGUCAACCUGGAUCCCGCCAUUUUGCUCUUUGACCCCAAUCUGAGACCCCUUCAUGUGGACAAGCAUAGGGUGAGCGGAGUCAUCAACAACACGGGGCACAGUGUGGUGUUCACCCUGGGAGUCACAGGUCACCAUCACCCUAGUAUCAACGUGACGGGGGGUCCUCUGUCCUACCGGUACCAGGUCAGCCACGUGCAGGUCCACUUCGGAGCCGGAGACCACAUCGGAUCCGAACACACCGUCAACGGCACCGCUUUCCCAGCAGAGCUUCAAGUCUACGGAUUCAACUCACAACUAUUCAGUAACUUCUCAGAAGCCGUCAACCGUGCUCAUGGCGUGGUGGCUAUUUCUGUCCUUCUUCAGUUGGGAACCCAGGGGCACCCGGGGCUGCGGCCGCUGACGGAUGCGGUGCAGCGGGUGCGGUGGGCCGGGACCUCCUCGCUGGUGGAGCGCGUGAGCGUGCGCGCGCUCCUGCCCGACAGCCACCACUACAUCACCUACGACGGGUCCCUCACGCAGCCCCCCUGCCACGAGACCGUCACCUGGGUCCUCGUCAACCGCCCUGUCUACAUCACCAAGCAGCAGCUCCACGGCCUGCGUCAGAUACACCAGGGCAGCAAGGACGUACCAAAGGGCAAAAUGCUGAAUAACUACCGACCAACUCAGCAGCUGUAUCAUCGGCCGCUGCGAACGAACAUUGACUUCACCAACAGCAGGCAGCUGCACUGUCCCUCCAUGGCCCCGCAGAUGUAUUAUACAGCCAACACGUGGAGGUAAUGACACACCAUUCGUAGUCAACAGCAGAAGGUUGUUGUGGUUGAACUGCCAAGGGGCUAUCAGCAAGCAGCAACACACCGAGGUAGCUGACACUUCGGCAGUAUUCAGGAACAAGGAGUGGUUCCUGAUACUUCGACCCUCAGGGGCAAAUUGGAGCUCCUGACAGUUCAGCUAUAAUCAGGGACAAAAAAAUAGUUCAUUACACUUCAGCAGUAGUCAGGGACAAGGAUACGUUCCUGGCGCAUCAGCAGUAGUCAGGGACAAGCAGUAUCUCCUGACACUUUAGCAGUAGUCAGGAGCAAGAAGUCAGGAACAAGGUGGACUGUUUCUUCGCCAAAGCAUAGAGUGGACAAUUUGGCUGUGCUUGUUCGACUGCUUGAUUAGUGACGCUCGCAAGUGAAACUCUUUCGUUACAUAGCCCAACGAGGACGCUAAGCUAUGGAAAACAAGUCUAGUGAGAUAGCAAUGGAGUCGUGCUGUUGUGAAUAGACUGCCGGUCCGUUCGCCAAAAGGUUGUGCGUCGCAGGCCGAUUUAGUAUUACGCAUGGUGUACAAACGGUGCAAUGAACAAAGGGGGAUCUUCUGCAAUUUGUGUGCGAUCUGCUACUCACUCUCACACUCGCCCCGUACCUCUCCGUCACCUCUUUCGACGUUCAUAAAAACAACAUAACAUCCACCACCAUUAUAACGUGCUCCAAACUUUAAACGUCAAUACACAAUAUCACUCCCUGCACCGUAUUAUACAACCCCCUUCCCCACACAGGUAUCAUCAUCGUCAUAGCACAACUUCAACUACGGAUAGCCCGAACUAUUAUGAGAUCUCCUUCACAUGACAUUUCCAUUCCCUGCUUCAUGCUCAUCUAAUUCCUACAUUUUCCUUUCUAAAUAAAAGUCUAAAACCAUACAUUGUUAUUGUCACGGGACUCUAUGCAUAGCCAUGAACUUACAUUCCCUUUCGCCAUAGCCAAUGGCAUUACCCGUCAUGUAUUUUUUUCCUGUCCAAAAAGGUUUGUCCGUGAUAUUGGGUGACCCUCACAUAUUAUCAGACUUAAAAUAAAAU